AUGGCAGCGACCACGCUAGAAGUGGCCUUGAGCCGCCUCGAUGAGAGCUCAGAAGUCGACGUGUCAUACCAAGGGGUCGAUGACGCCGGUGUUGCACGGCUUGCAGAAGCCUUGACGAACAAUAAGACGAUUGUCGACGUCUACCUGGAUGACAACAACAUCACGGACAUUGGCGUGCAGCGAGUUGCCAAUUUGAUUCAGUCGUCCAGAACGUUAAGGCAGGUCUCCUUCUACCACAACAAGGUGACGGACAUCGGUGUGCAGAGCCUCUCGAAGGCAUUGUUGGGAAGCACUUUGAACCUGUUGGACCUACGAGACAAUCGCGUCUCCGACGCAGGUGCCGCGGCUCUGGCGGAGGCCUUGGAGGCUGGCAGCCAGCUCCGAUUCCUGCUGCUCAAGGACAACGAGAUCACGGAUGGCGGCGCUCAAAGACUAGCUGCUGCAGUGAGAAAGUGUGGGGUGGAGGGCCCCCUGAAGCAGCUGGACUUGGAGGGCAACCGCAUCACCGCCAAGGGGAGCGUCUACCUCAAAGAGGUGAAACAGGAUUUGAAGAAAGAGAUCCAGUUCGGCUACCAGAAGAGUAAAGCCCGAGAGCAACACCAGGGAGUCAUCGACAGCCACAGCAAGGACGGCGUCUUUGCAGCGAGGUAG